AUGGCUCCCACGCUCCGCGCCCGCGCUCGGCCUGGGGCGGCGGCGCGGCGGGGGCGGCGGGGCCGGCCGGGAGGCGGGGGCGGCGGGGGCAGAGGAGGAGGAGCGGGGAAGGACCGACGCUCCCGGCAGCCUGCAGCGGCGAGGCUGGUCGGGCCAGGGUUGGCGGGGGGCAGUGCCUGGGACACAGCCCGGCGCUGGCCGGCAUGGCGGGGAGGGGGCGCGCUGGGAGGAGACUGGGCUGAGGAGGGAUCCCUGUGUGCAGUCCUUCAACCCUUCUGUGCCAGGGGAAGAGGGACGGCGCAGGGGGCCCCCUCUCGGGAAGCACACACGCUGCCUCCCAGAGGCCGAUCUUCACCAAGAAGGAUUCGCUGGAAACUUUCGGAAAAACCGAGGGGCUCUUCAGCCUCCUCUCUACUUGCUACCUGGAGUCGGGGCGCCGCGAGUGCGCUUGGCUGCCCGCGCCCAGCCUCUGGCCUCGCCUCUUCUCGCGGGCCUCCCGGGUUUCCCUCUGCCCCCUUGCGGGGAUCCCCCUGUGCGCCCGACUCGGGAUCUGGAACAGGCCUCCCCAGAGGCUGUUGGUUCCGUAAGGGUGUCCGGGCUCCCCCCUCUGGCUUGGGCUCACACUUCGCUUUCUGUUCGUGCUGGACCAAGCCCAAUACUGUGGCUGAUCGAAGUGGGGACAGCUGGCACGGUCCCUGGAGAGGCGGCCUGAAGAGGCUUCUGGCCUUGUGCAGGUCCCUGCAGAGACUUUGGACCUGAUGUGGUGAAUAAAGGUGGUUAGUCUUUCUCACAGUUCUACCUUUAGGACGAAGAAUAGAAAGCCUCCCGUGACUAUAUUCACUAACUCUCAGCCCAGGCCAGAUCAUCCACCAGCCAGUGA